GCAUUUUUAGAUACAGUGCCAGAGUCAACGUCAGAAAUGCUUUAUCAGCAUUUUUUGCCCUUCCAACUAGCCUCACAGUACCGCGUACAUGAACAGCGUCUGCUUCGAACGUGUAUAAGUUGACAAAUUUUGUUGAUACGUUUACGAGCUUAAGUGACAAAUCUAAGACUUGAUAGGGCCAAAUUUGACAAACAAGUUUGAUCGUUUACGACGGCCUUACCAGGCUGUAUAUUUGCUGUUCGUAAAGUGGCGUAUUUAGAAAUUCUUGUUCCUUUAUUUAGUGCAGAUAGUACGCUGUUUACUUCAGCUGUAAUUAAUGCUGUGUCUGCUUACGUUUUCCGAAAUUGCCAAAGUUGCGGAUUAUCGCCCAGUUCUCUUCACCAAUUCUAUUCCGCUUGUGUUGUGGGCGGAGCAUUACAUAACGACGUCUUAACCAAGAAAUGGGCUGUUGUUUCAGUCGGGACUCCAGCAAUGAGGAAGUCACCGUACCUCAUAGACCACUGGCCACCAACAGUUUUCAACCAUAUGCAGCCACGAGCUAUGAUAUAACUGUGUCACUACCCUCUGUACGAGCAAACAGCAGCGGUUUCCACCAUGCAUCAACUUCCAUAAACAAUUCUAGACUGGCAAGAUCACAGCAGACCAAUCAAGAACCCGUCAGACCGAAGAGACCAAAAACAUACUUUGAGGGAAACAACCAGUUUCAACCCUCUGUAACCAGUUCCAACAAUAUAAUUGUAUCACCAUCUUUACAAGCACAUAACAGCAAUUCCUACUAUGCACCAACUUCCACAAGACAUUCUAGAGUGACAAAUACACAGUGCAUUGUUAGUAGAGGUUACCCAAGUCAUUCACUAACCAGAACUGUUGAAUCUACAUUACACAAAUCAGUCUUGAAGUUAACUGUUGGGUGGGAUCAUAUGAAUGCUAGCUCAGAGUUUGAGCUGCAGUUGUUGCUCUCUGACACUACUGAAUAUAAGGAAAUAUUGUGGUUAUUCAAGAAGACCACACAGAAGCAGUUCAUGGUUGAGAAAAUUUAUAGGGUCCAGAAUCCUUAUUUGUUGGGGUGUUACUUGCUCAAGAAAGAAGAAAUACAAUCAAGAUAUGGUUCUGUUACUGAGGAGUAUUUAUUUCAUGGUACCAAAGAGCAAAACAAAGACAACAUUUGCAGAAAUAAUUUUGACUGGAGGAAACAUGGCAAAUCGGUAGGCAACAUAUUUGGACAAGGUGUUUCAUUUACUCCUAUUUCUUGCUAUGCUAGUCAUUAUUCAGACAGCUGCAACACACAACGAAUGAUGAUAGUGUCAAAGGUUCUAAUUGCAAAGGAAACUGUUGGUAAUAAGUAUAUGAAAAUACCACCUCAAUUUGAUUAUAUGCAGUGUCUUAGAUAUGACACUGCUACUAAAGAAAAUCGCCACGUUAUUGUGAAAUUCUCUGAUAACGAGUUCUAUCCUACAUAUGUUAUAUAUUAUACAGGACACUAUGAGAAAAAGGAACAGAAGCCAAUAAGAUUUUAAUUUGUGAUACAUGUUUUUGUAAGGAACAAUAUUUCUCAGAAGAUGAGUAAACAUUUUUUUUAACAUGCUGCAAUGAGUUUACAAAAUUUCUUCACAUG